GGACAUUUAUUUUGAAAGGCUGCUGUCGUCAUCGCGGGACCGCGCUUCUUGACGUCGUGUGUCGUCGCGGAGUGACGUUAUGUGGAAAGUGGCAAUGUCGGAGGAGAUUAGGAAGGCGCUACAGUCGGUGGUGGAGCGGGUGAACCAGGCGGCGGCACGGCGGCCUAAGACUCUGCCGUCUGUGCCGCCUCGCCUCGUGGCUGUCAGCAAGACCAAACCCCCAGAGAUGGUGGUGGAGGCCUACAGACAAGGACAACGCAACUUUGGAGAGAACUACGUUAAUGAACUUGUGGAGAAAGCUUCAGAUCCUCUGAUUUUAGAGUCUUGCCCUGAAAUCAAGUGGCACUUCAUCGGUCAUCUACAGAAGAGCAAUGUCAACAAACUUUUGUCGGUGCCAAACCUGUUCCUCGUGGAGACGGUGGACUCGGCCAAACUGGCGGACAAGGUCAACAGCUCGUGGCAGCGGCUCAGGGGAGCCGGCGUGCAGAGGUUAAAGGUCAUGUUGCAGAUCAACACCAGUGGAGAACAGAGUAAACACGGUCUCCCACCGGAGGAGACGGUCACCACGGUGAAGCACAUCGUGUCCCAGUGCUCCGCCCUGCACUUCUCAGGACUCAUGACCAUCGGGCGCUACGGCUACAACCUCACGCUGGGCCCCAACCCAGACUUUCAGAUGCUGCUGAGUCGGAGGCAGGAGUUGUGUGACGGUCUGAAGCUGCCCGUGGAGGAGGUAGAGCUCAGCAUGGGCAUGUCCACGGACUUUGAACACGCGAUCGAAGUGGGCGCCACCAACGUGCGAGUGGGCAGCAUCAUAUUCGGGAACCGGGAUUAUCCCAACAGUGCGGCAAACACUCCAAAUCCCAGCCCGAUGCCCAGUCCCGCUCCCAGUCCCGAGAAAACGUCCAAGGUGGUGUCCGAAGAAGCGGCCAAGAAGAUGCAGCACCUCACCGUGUCUGGACAUUGAGCGGAAGCUCCUCCCCCCUCACCCCCACCCCCCCGUCGUGGUCCUGGAAAAACCUUUUAAAAAAAGAUAAACGUGAGAAGGACGAGAGCAGAGAAUCACACUGUUCUCCACAGAGUCGUGUUAAAGUGUAUUUGCCUAAUCUUCCUCACUUCUUGCUGUUUUAAGCACUAAAAAAAAAAACUAGUUCUACGUUUUUUUAAAAAGUAGUGCGUUACUAAACCUUCUCGUGCUCUUGAAGCUUCUCCUACACGAUGAGUGGAUUCACCACAAAAUGUGCAGCCACUGAAAACAACACAUUGACCUGUGAGCGAGUGACGACUCGAUCUUUUCUACCUUUUUCUGAGCCGCCGCGUCGCGACCGCGCCCGACUUUGUGUAGAGUGACCCACAGGUGAGAGAAAACUGCAGACAGUACAAUGUACCGUUGUUUCUUUGUUGUACAGAUGAUACAAAGACUUGAUUUAAUAAAUCACUAAAUCCUUUAUAAUGA